GUUUUUUUUACCUUGAGGUUCUGAUACCAAAGGUGAAAGCCAGAGUGGUAAAUAUGACCGUUUGUGAGCAACAGGGAAGUAAUCUGUUGCCUUUUUUUUGUCUGUUAUGUAAACCUUCAAGCCCUAGAUGAUCAUGACUCUUAUUGAACUGUCAGUUCUGUUUUGUUUGAGGACCUUUCUUCAACAAAUAGGAAGAUUUCUGGGGCACAAGACAAAAGAGGUUGAUUAAAAAGUUAAAAAAUAAAAGGGUUUCUAAACUUUAGUUGGCAUAGUUUUCACAAAUGGCUCCAUUUUUAGCGUUUCACCCCUUCUGUGAGGGUUUUUGCCUAUAAAUGUAAGCAAAAUAUACUAAACUUAAAAGGUGUUUGGGUUCACAACUGUCGAGACAGAAAAAAUAUCAUUUGCCAUUUUUGAAAGAAAACUAUGUUUCUGAGCCCUUGUCCUGGCCUGGACAUUUCAUACACUCGUAAACUAACAGGAGUAAAAUCGUGGUACGCUGAUCAUGGAACGCUGGCCAUAGGUUCAUUUUCUCUGCAGACACUGGCUUUGGCUGGGUUGCCAUGUUUUGACAACUCCUGCCCUCUUUUCCAUCAGACUACUCUCCUCCUCCCCCCCUCACAGCCUCUCUAACCUUUUACCCAGAGAGAGCCUAUAGGACGGGCACAGGGGCCGGACGCCGCUGAGCGCUCUGAUUCGUGCAGACUCAGAUCUGCGCUGAGCUGGCGGACAGGACGGAGUCUGGAUUGGCUGUACGGAGGAGAAGAGGGAGGAGCCUCCCACAAUGAAUGUGCUGAGGACACAUGUUUACAAUGAUGGGGACAGAGGAAGAAUGGAGCUGAGCCCUGCGAGUCUCAGCCACCAAACUGAAGGGAUACUGCUGCAGGACUUUUCUCUUGUACUUUUGAUUGCACGUACGCUGCCUCAUUGAGCAAACAGACAGACGUCAACGCAGGGGGAAGCCAGAGAGGAGCAUUUUUCCUGCACAACUGAAACUCCGGCAGCUGCAAACUUGCCUUGACUUUUCUGUACUGUAAGCAGGUCGACAGGCUCUGCCUGUUCUCUGCAAACUGAAACCUUCAGAACUCAGGGAUGAGCGAUGUCCAGCUGUUGAAAGCUUCAGUUGAAGAGUCCGCUGUGGGUACCCUACCCGCUCAGAGGAUGGUGACCGCCGUGGUGCCCCGUAGUGUCUUUGAGCCCUCCCCGCCUCCCACGGCGGUCUGGCCUCCGCUGGACUUUGCACUGGGCGCUCUGGCCUGCUGUGGCGCCUGCGUGUUCACCAAUCCUCUGGAGGUGGUGAAGACUCGUCUGCAGCUUCAGGGGGAGCUUUGUGCUCGGGGGUCCUACCAGAUCCACUACCGGGGAGUCCUGCAGGCCCUCUGGGUGGUGGGCCGCACUGAUGGGCUCAGGGGUCUGCAGAAAGGCCUCUCAGUCGGGCUGAUCUACCAGGGCGUGAUGAAUGGAGUGAGGCUGGGAUGUUAUUCCUACUGUGAAUAUCUAGGAGUCACCGCUUUCCCUGGCGGGAGUUUGCUGUGUGGAGCUGGUGUCGGGGCUCUGGGGGCCCUCUGUGCUUCUCCUGCUUACCUGGUGAAGACCCAUUUACAAGCUCAGACCAUUCAGGCUAUUGCAGUGGGUCAUCAGCACAACCAUCAGGGCGUGUCCAAUGCCUUCAUGACCAUCUACAGAAGAGAGGGUCUGAGCGGUCUUUGGAGGGGCGUGAAUGGAGCGGUGCCUCGAGUCAUGGUGGGAUCAGCUGCUCAGCUGUCAACCUUCACCUCAGCCAAGGACUGGGUGUCACAUUGUCAGUGGUUUGGCUCAAACAGAUGGCUGAUGGCGCUAGUAGCCGCUUCCAUCAGUGGCGUUGCAGUAGCCAUCACCAUGACACCCUUUGAUGUCAUCAGCACGCGGCUCUACAACCAGCCCGUGGACAAGCUUGGCAGGGGCCGCCUUUACCGGGGCUUUUGCGACUGCUUGCUGAAAGUGUGCCAAGCGGAGGGUUUGCUGGGGUUAUAUAAAGGGAUGGGCCCCGUGUUUGUGCGGCUGGCCCCGCACACGGUGCUCAGCAUGCUGUUCUGGGACCUCAUGAGGCAACAGGCCGUCAAAUGCGACUAGAGCCGAGGAAGAAGCACGAAGCUGAAAUGCAGAGCCCCCCGACCCCCACGUCGCUCUGUGACGAUGACUGUUAUGCAAGUGGGACAUUUUGAAAAUGAACCUGCUGAGAGCAAAAGAAAGAAAUAUAAAUGCCUCCACUAACGUCUCCUCUCUACCACUUGUGUUAUCUUGUGGUGUCCACAGCAAGCCCUUCUGAAAGACCCACUCCGAUCAUCUGUUGAUCUAUUGUAAACGUGUUCCCGGUGGUCUUUUAAUUAUAAUGACACCGUUUUUUAGUUAAAUCCACCUGCGUGGUUUUCUGGGACAUAGUUUCUGCAAAGCGGCAGGAGUCCAUCAGAAAUUCACCUCUGAUUUGUGGGCAGGACCGUACGCGUGGCACAACUCCGCCCACUGCAGAACAGAGCAGCGAGCUUGUGGCCCCGCCCACCGUAUUUUCUACAUCACACACUUUUUCAAACUGAAAUUUUUUUAUCUGAUUCACAGCAAUUUAAAUCUAGGAAUACUCAGAAAUGCAAUUUUAAGCGUAAUUUUAUCCCAUCAUCAGAAAAAUGCAGCAAGAACAUAUCAAAAGCACAAUUUCAUACAGAGUGGGAACAUAUGUUUAGCUCUUAUAUCAAAUGGUUCACGUCAAAAGCCAUUACGUCAAAUGUCACACCAUUGCCUUCCGUGAGACUUUAGGUAAAGCACAGAAAUUGAAAUCUGGGGCCCUUGGGUAUCAUCCACAUGUGUGUGAAAUUAAUAUUAAGAGUUCUUUGUCAGGAUUUUAAAAACUUGAUCAGGUUUCCGGCUAGCAGGAGUGUAUUAUAAAUGGAACUCUGGUUUGAUGUUAGGUCUGUUUUCCAGGCUUAAUGUGUACGGUUGGCACUGUUCAUUGUUGUUGAUUUAAUUUUAAUUUACUGAAAUGUGUGCAAAGCCAAAAAAAAUGUAAAAGAUGGGUACUUUAUGUACAGGAAGUCAACCUGAUACCUGGAGAUCUUUAGGCCUUUAAACUGUUCUGACUUAUCCGAAUAAAGUUUUAUUUUGUAAGAAA